UGUAGGGAGUGUGUGUGACUGUGUGUCUGUGUGUGGAGGAAAGAGGGUGUGGGAGGGGAGAGGCCAUAAAAUACAAGCCAAAAGGAAGCGAGAGAAAGGGAAGUGGGAAGAGAAAGAGAUAUAAACAAGGCUGUGUGUCGAUUGCGAUUUUGAGGGUCGUAGCCCAAACUCUUCCGGAUACCUUGACAACCUACAAAGGACUGCAAACUUGAGUGUGACUCUGUGGAAAUAAGAUGCAUGCGAUGGAGCAGGGGAGCGUUCAAGAGCAUGGAAGAAGUAGAAAACUCUCCAAGAUCUGGGUGAUAAAUGAACGUGUUCGAGUGGGACUCGCAGAAUCCCUCAGCACCUAUGUCAUGAUGGUGUUUGGCUUGGGCUCUGUGGCACAGGUCGUGACUGGACGGGGUGCGUUCGGAGAGUACCUUAGUGUCAACCUGGGCUUCGGCCUGGGCGUGGCUAUGGGAAUGCAUAUUGGCGGGAGGGUCUCAGGGGCCCAUAUGAAUGCAGCAGUAUCAUUCUCCAUGUGUCUCUUUGGUCGUUUGGGUUGGAGGAUGCUUCCCGUCUAUAUCCUCUGUCAGCUGAUAGGCUCCUUCUUGGCUGCUGGGACCAUAUACUCCCUUUACUAUGACGCCAUAUACCACUACUGUGGAGGGAAUCUGACUGUGUCUGGCCCUAAGGCUACAGCUGGGAUCUUUGCUACCUACCCAGCACCCUACCUCUCGCUUCCUGCUGGAUUCUUAGACCAGGUGAUCGGCACGGCCAUGUUGUUGCUGUGCCUGAUGGCCCUGUCUGACCAAAGGAACCAGCCUGCUCCAUCGGGGAGUGAGCCCAUCGCUGUGGGCCUGUUGGUACUGCUCAUAGGAGUCUCUCUGGGGAGCAACAGUGGAUACGCUAUCAACCCUAGCCGCGACCUGGGACCACGAAUCUUCACCGCUAUAGCAGGCUGGGGGCCAGAGGUGUUCCGGGCAGGUAACGGCUGGUGGUGGGUACCUGUACUUGCCCCCAUGGUGGGAGGAGUCACAGGGGCUUCCAUCUACAAGGUCUUUGUGGAAUUGCACCACCCCUCCCCCUGUGAACACAGGAGGGAGAUAGAGGACGAGGCAGAGGAGGAGGCUGCGCCUCUGGAUAUGCAGAAAAACCUCAGCCCAGAGGUGUGUGUGUGAGGCACCCCAGCUAUGUGUGCGCACACUUGCUACACCCAAAGUAACUGGAGGAGGAUCCAAUGGAACAGAAACAUCAGCAAACAAUUGGGGAUGUUGUUCUGAGAGGACACUGACUGGACUGGUUACUUUCUCGACGGUCCAAGUCCAAGUGAC